CUUCACGGCACUGCGUAGCGCGCCAAGAUUGCGAAGUUACCGGAGAGGUGACUCUCCAGUGUACAUUUACAAUGUCUGCUUCUACGGCGACCAGCGAUCUUCAGACCUCGGGAAUGCUAUCGAGGGAACAGUUGCUGUAUCUCUUCAAUCGCUUCUCCGUCCUCACCUCCCUACCAGACGUGAAGGAACGGAUAGCUGUCGCUGUGAAGAAGGAUAAACAGGAAGCUGUUGCUGUGACCACUGCAAUCCAAGAAGAAAUACUUCUGGAAAUGGGAGUUGAUCCAAGAUUUGGCAUUGCUUGCUUGGGUAAAGUGAAUAUGAUUUAUGAAAAUGACCAAGACUUGAUGAUCCGGUUUUAUGGAUUUGUUGCAAAAGAAGAGAUGGCUUGUGAUGAAGCUGAGCUCGAGCAUGAUGAAUUUGCAGAAAAGAUGCGCUUUCAACACAAGCUGCAAGAAGAACAACUAGAGAUGCUAAAGCACAUGCGCAAAUUUCACAAGGAGGACCAAUCUGCUAUCCUUGAGAUGUUGCACCAGCAGAUGGAGAAUGCGAAUUUUGAGAACAGUGCAGCAAUUUUGAACCCUGAGCUUAUUCAAGAGAUCAUUCGGAGAAAGAUAUCACCAUCUGGAAAGACAAGUUAGCUCAGGCAUUCCAUAUUUCCAUUGGGAUACUCAUGCAAUUUUUCCUGCUCUGCUUUAUAGAAUAAAUCUGGUAGAAAGACCAUACUGACAGA